AUGUCUACAAACUCCCCGAAGCAACAACGACAAUAUACUUACUUAAAAGAUUCGCCCACAUAUACAAGAUUUUCCACUCAAUUUGGUAACAGCUUAUUCCCAAGUUUCUCAUUAUUCUCCUACGCAACAAAACCAAAUAUUUCUGUUAAAUCGCUCAUAACAAAUUUAGAAAAUCAUAAAUUUAUUUCAAAAAGUUUCGUUCAUUUAUUUUUGGAUCAAUACAAUUUUCUCUUUAUGGUGGAAAAAUAG